AUGCCGGGGCUUGGCGUAGGAAUCGGCGCAGGAGUGGGCGCGGGAAACCAGAUUCCCCUUCCUUCCAGCGAAAACUGGUGGGAGCGGCGCGUGCCCGCGAACAUGCGACACGUGGCGAACACAGCGGAAUUCGUGGAGGCGCUAGGCGCAGCGGGGGAUAAGCUCGUGGUGGUUGACUUUUUCGGGACCUGGUGCCGCUCGUGCCGCGCCAUGCACCCUAAGCUCUGCAUGUUAGCGUCGAAGCAUCCGGGCGUCAUCUUCCUGCAGGUCGAGUUCGACCCCAACAAGCAGCUGUGCCGGUCGCUCGGAAUCAAGCGGCUGCCUUUCUUCCACUUCUAUCGGGGCGCUGACGGGCUGCUAGAAGCUUUCCCCGCCACCCUUACUUCGAUUGCUAAAAUAAAGGAGGCACUGGAGACACACAGCACGGACCGAUGCUCCCUGGGGCCUCCAGCCGGCCCGAACCAAGUGUUGAAUCCUCAGGAGAUCGACACAGAAACAGCCUGA